ACAUCGGUAUUUCAACAAGGAACAACUAUUAGAAAUUGCGAAACAUGCCACAUUCUUUUAAACCUUUAUCGGCGUCCCCAUAUCUAUUUUUUUCCACAGAACUAUUUCCUCUCUUCGACAAGUAUUAUCGAAUUAAAACUCUAUCGCUGGUUACGUAAAGAUCAAUAUGACUUCGACGAUUGAUCAACAGAUAAGAGGGAUUUAUCUGAUCUGUAAGACGCUUUCUGCCACUACACGUUUCCGUCCAUUCGCGUGUCAGCAUUGUGACCGAGAUAUUGAGACAACGCUGGUGCGUUGCCUCCGGGCAGUAUCCAUGGCCUCCUGGGGCUUGACGCCCGCGCUGAUAAUCAUCGUGCUUCUAAGCAGUGCAUCACCAGCACCGGUGCCUCGCUUAUCGUCACGGGUGACUGGCAUCACCACCGGACUGGAGGUGCCGCUCGAUCUGAUGGUCGGCACAGGUGUUGGAACCGGUUCUAUUCAGCUGGUCAUUAAUGUACGUACAGACAGUAAUGGGAAUAUUGAAGUUUAUACAAAUUGACAGUAUAAUGUAAUAAUACAUAAUAAUAAGAUAAUUGACAAGAAAAUGCAAAAAUUUUACUUAACAUAAAUGCUAGACUUCAUUUAUGUAACAGAGAAAAGAUAUGACAAUUUGGAAUGAGAAACUGAUAAGUUGAUGUAAACCGUAAAAAAAAUUACUGAUAAAUUGAUAUAGGCAACAUUAAAGGAAAUAAUACGAUGACAAAUAAAAAAUAACUAUACCAGUGAUUUAGAAAUAGGUGUAAUUACAGAAAAAGCUAAAAAACUAGUUUAAAAUGCAACAAUAGGUCCUGAAUAGACAGCUAUUCAUGACGCAAGACGAUGUGAAAUCCUAAUGAACAAUUUGGGAUCUUCUGAAAAGGACGCCUAAAUCCUAAGCAAUCCAAGCAUGGCAAAUAAAACGUAAACGGUUUACAAAACGGAAAACAAUCCAAAAUGUAAAUGGGGUGAGCCUGUCAAAUUACUGGCAGCGAGCACGGCGGCGUCUCACGUCACCCGCACUUCACAUAGAUACGAGUUAUCGUCAGUAUAAAGACGUCGAGAUAAAAUGAAAAUGCCUUGCGGAACUGGAGCGAUACCGCCGUGAGAAGAGCACACACACACACUUCAAAUGUAAUACGCCACCGGAGAGAGCUACGAGAUAUUUGAAUUAUUGAUAUUGAGCUCAUUUGAAAUGGGAUUGAUUAAUGAAGAUAAUAUAUUUUGGCAUGAUGAAAUUGUAUUUACAUUUGUCGAUGGAUAUGAAGGAAGAAAUUGCAGAAUUAAUAAUCCCACUGGGAGAAUUUAAUUCAAUUUUCUAUAUACAUUUUUUAGAGAUAUAGAACAAUUUGGAUUAGAAAUAUGAAGAGAUGUAUUAACGUAAACUAGACUGCAUGUCAGAAUAGAAAUAGAAAGAAGUGAAACCGUCACUUGCAUCCGUUGGAAAAAGUCGUGAACUUUAUACCAUUUGUAAAUGCAUACAAUGAAACUGACUAAAUCGUUAAUGUACAAUGCGUCAUAUAAACAAAAUUGCUGGACCAAUUUUGAAUUUUAUUGGUUGAAAAAAUUUAGUAAUUGGACCAAGAUAUGAGAUACUUUUAAACUGUCUCAUUGAAGCACAGUUAGAUAGUUAGUUAAAUAGAGAAAGAAGAUGUCAUGAAAAGCUAAGUGAUAAUAUUUCAUACAAUAUUCAUACAAUGAAUAUAGUCAUGGCUGUUAUUAUCAUUAUAAAAUUAAUGCAGGAAUAAAAUUUGCAAGAAAGUAAACAGAGACUACCAUCUUGUUCAUAAAAACAUUAAUCUCUCAUAAACCUAUUAUAGCUAUUGAACUGUUUUGUUUCUUUCGUUUUCGCUUAUUUCUCAAUUUGAUAGAAAGUGACAAAAUAAUUAUAAUAGUUAGAUUAUUAUAGGUUUAUAGAAGAGUUUAGUUUUUAAUAAUAUAGUAGUUAGAUGAAGUUUAUUCGAAUUAUGUAUGUAUCGAUAUUAGUAUGUUGUCGAAUCAGUUUUUUUUUUUUUUUUGUUAAUUAUUGAGUAUUUUGAUACUCUUUAAAUUUAGACUAAAAUUUGACAACUUUUCUAAAUCGAGUACAUUCUCAAAUAAUAAUAAAGUUAUUCGAGUAUUUGAUCAGACUACUGUAAUGGAAUCAUGUAUCAGAAUUCUCAGAGUAUAUAGAGAGCACUCGAGAAUCUGAGUACUCAUUAGGUAUUCGAUCCAAUACUCGAAUCAACUUGACUCGACUCGUCACCAGUCGACAUAAAUGUAAUAACAUCCUAGCACUACGGUGAGGACGCCCGUGUGUAUAGUAUAUUACGACAAUACAUAAUGUCAAAUGUCUCACGAGUGUAUUGUCUAUGGUAUAAGAUUUUUGUAUUAUUUUUUAUUAAAUAAUUUUAUUUCUAA